AUGAUAUGUGGCCCUGAUUUUUCCAUCACAAAUGUUGUGGCUAAAUGGCCAGGAUCAGUCCAUGAUUCCAGAAUUUUCAAAGAGUCUGCGUUAUGUAGAGAAUUUGAAAAUGGACACGUACAAGGAAUACUUUUGGGAGAUUCAGGGUAUGCCCUUAAAUCCUACCUAAUGACGCCAUACCUGAACCCGUCUGAGAUUCAUAUGCAGCGGUUUAAUACUGCCCACUGUAGGACAAGAGUGUUGAUAGAGCAGACAUUUGGCAUCAUUAAGCGUAGGUUCUCGUGUCUACACACUGAAUUACGAGUGUCACCCCAGAGGGCCUGUGUUGCCAUCAUUGCCUCUUGUGUCUUACACAACAUUGGUAUUAUGCGAGGAGACAUUUUGCCAAAUGCGGACAUCAUCAUAGUUGAUGAGUGGGAUGAGGCGGAAGACUUGGGAGGUGAUGGCAAAACUGUACGUGACCACAUAGCCUUGAAUUACUUCUGAAAGUGAGUACAAUUCUCUAUAUUUUCUAAAGCCAACAAUUCAAAAGGA